AUGUCUGACUACGAGGAUGAGAUGGACGUCGACGCUCCGGCGUCCAAGGACAUUAUUUUCUCGUCCGACACCAAGCAGAAGCGCAGCGCCGCCAAUCUUCCCGUCGAGGCCGAGGACAGCCUGCCCUGGGUUGAGAAGUAUCGUCCCGUGAGCUUGGAUGACGUCUCGGGUCACCAAGACAUUCUCGCGACAAUCAACAAGUUCGUCGACUCCAACCGCCUUCCUCACCUUCUCCUGUACGGGCCCCCGGGAACCGGAAAGACCUCCACGAUCCUCGCCCUCGCCCGACGCAUCUACGGCACGGAGAACAUGCGGCAGAUGGUUCUCGAGCUCAACGCCUCUGACGACCGUGGUAUCGACGUCGUGCGCGAACAGAUCAAGACCUUCGCUUCCACCAAGCAGAUCUUCACGCUGGGCCCCGCUGCCAAGGCCGGUGGCAUGGCGUCGUACAAGCUCAUCAUCCUCGACGAGGCCGACGCCAUGACCAACACGGCACAGAUGGCCCUUCGCCGAAUCAUGGAGAAGUACACGGUCAACACCCGAUUCUGCAUCAUCGCAAACUACUCGCACAAGCUGUCCCCCGCGCUGCUAUCCCGAUGCACGCGGUUUCGCUUCAGCCCGCUCAAGGAGCGAGACAUCAGGGUCCUGGUGGAUAAGGUUGUCGAGGAGGAGCACGUCAGGAUCAUCCCCGAAGCCACGGAUGCGCUGGUCAAGCUCAGCAAGGGAGACAUGAGAAGGGCGCUGAACGUUCUUCAGGCGUGCCAUGCAUCGAGUACACCGCUGCGGACAAAGGACGAACCCAAACUUCCCGAUAGCGAGAUUGUCAGAGAGAUGAUCACGACCGAGACGAUAUACAACUGCAUCGCCGCGCCCCAGCCCGACGCCAUCCAGGAGAUCCUCGACACUCUGCUCAGCACGUCCGACGUAACAACCUGCCUGACGACCAUCAACUCGCUCAAGGUGUCACGCGGCUUGGCAUUGGCGGAUAUCAUCACGGCAAUCUCGGAGCAGCUGGCUACGUUGGAGGUUAAGCCGGAGGUGAUGAUCAAGUGGCUGGACGGGCUCGCAGACAUUGAGCACCGAGUGUCGGGCGGAGGCAGCGAGGCUGUGCAGACGGGCGCAGUUGUCGGGGUGAUCCGAAGCGGCGUCGAGCUGAUGAGCGCAUAA